AUGGCGAAUCUCAUCGAACUCUACACGGAAAUGCCUCCGAUAACAAGGGGCUAUGUAACUGCAUGUGUAUUAUCAACGUUGGCCACGCAAUUCGACUUCCUCAGCCCGUUGCAGUUGUAUUUCAAUUGGGAGCUUAUCCUUUAUCGAUAUCAGUUCUGGCGACUGUUCACUUCCUUCUGCUACUUUGGCCCGUUCGGCUUGAAUUUCUUCUUCAAUAUGGUAUUUAUCUAUAGAUACUGUCAAAUGUUGGAAGAAGGCUCAUUUCGAGGGCGAAGGGCCGACUUUGUGUUCAUGUUUAUAUUCGGUGGGAUUUUAAUGACAAUGUGUGGUAUCUUUCUGCAAAUUCAAUUCCAUGGUCAUGCCUUCACGAUGAUGCUCGUUUACAUCUGGAGCAGGCGGAAUCCUCAUAUUAGGAUGAACUUCUUCGCAGCUCUCACGUUCAACGCGCCGUAUUUGCCAUGGGUGCUUCUCUUUUUCUCAGUGCUGCUGGGAAAUAACGCGCUCGUUGAUUUUAUCGGCAUCGCGUGUGGACAUCUCUACUUUUUCUUGGAGGACGUUUUCCCCCAUCAGCCUAAUGGAAUGCGACUUCUGAAGACACCAGCAUUGCUACAGUAUAUCUUCGAUGAACCUCCACUUCCCUACGUCCCAGAAGAAGAACGGCCGGGCGGCAUGAAUUGGGGAGCCCCGGAUUUGAUG